CUCACCAUCUAAAGCCACGAAACGGUAGCGUUUCAGAUACAAACAUGUCUUCUUUCUUUUUUUUUGCUUUUCUAGAAACGUUUUAACGGAGAGGGAGGAGGGAAAGAAGAUAUUCGAGAAGUGAAUCCGCCAUUAAAAGCCGAAGAAAGACGAAGAAGUGUGGAGGUGGGAUCGAAAAUGGAUGAUGAUGACUUUGAUUUGACCAUGGAAGAGAUGGAUGCCCUAGAAAAAGAAGCUCUUGAGAGAAUCAACCAGAACAAGGUUCUCGCUUUCUCAAUUUUCCUUGUCCUUACGUUGGGGAUUAAUCUCGUGUUCAGCCCUAAUGUGUGUUUUUCUUUUGCUCAGGUUCCUAAUUUGUCUCAAGGGUCCAGAAUCUUACCUUCAUCUCUCGCCCCUAAACCAAACACUGGUGAGGGCGUUAAGGUCCCUCUGAAGAUUUUGCUGCAUCAUAGUGGAGAUCUUGCUGCAAAGUUCCCCUAUAACCAGGCGGUGGUGGAUGCUGUGCGUAAAAUCCCUAUGGCUCUUUGGAAUGCUAAAGAAAGGUUAUGGAUCUUUCCUCAAUCUUCAUUGUCAUCAGCAGAAAUUAUUCUACGACAAGUUUCCAGCGUUAAAGUUGAGGUAGAGAACUUAGAUCCUCUUGUGCAACGUGCAAUAGCUUCUGCCUCAAGAGUUCCAGAUCUACGGCAUCUGUAUGACAAGAUACCAAGCCACAUUGAGCCAAAGCUUCUUCCGUUUCAGCGAGAUGGCAUAGAGUUUAUAUUGCAGCACGGAGGGCGUGUGCUCCUAGCGGAUGAAAUGGGUCUGGGAAAGACUCUGCAGGCAAUUGCUGUGACUACAUGCGUUCAAGAAUCUUGGCCAGUUCUGAUUAUUGCACCAUCUUCCUUACGUUUACAUUGGGCAACGAUGAUUCACCAAUGGCUGCAUGUACCUCCGUCAGACAUAGUUGUAGUUUUACCGCAACCAGGUGGAUCAAACAAGUGCGGAUUUACUAUAGUUUCCUCGAAUACAAAGGGCACAAUCCAUCUUGAUGGUGUCUUCAACAUUAUCUCUUACGAUGUGGUCACCAAACUGGACAAACUCCUGAUGGCGUUGGACUUUAAGGUUGUCAUAGCAGAUGAAUCACAUUUUCUUAAAAACGCUCAAGCAAAGAGGACAACUGCUACCCUUCCAGUCAUAAAGAAAGCUCAAUAUGCAAUCCUGCUGAGUGGAACUCCUGCUUUAUCUAGACCAAUAGAGCUAUUCAAACAGCUGGAAGCUCUAUACCCAGAUGUAUAUAGAAAUGUUCAUGAAUACGGUAGCAGAUACUGCAAAGGCGGGGUUUUUGGAAUAUAUCAAGGCGCAAGCAAUCAUGAAGAGUUGCACAAUUUGAUGAAGGCAACAGUAAUGAUUCGAAGACUUAAAAAGGAUGUCUUGUCUGAACUUCCGUCAAAACGAAGACAGCAGGUCUUCUUAGAUUUAGCCGAGAAAGACAUGAAGCAAAUCAAUGCUUUGUUUCGUGAGCUAAAGGUUGUAAAGGCAAAAAUUAAGGAUUGCAUGUCGGAAGAUGACAUCAAAUCACUUAAAUUUACAGAGAAGCAACUUAUCAAUAAGAUCUACACUGAUUCCGCUGAAGCCAAAAUCCCAGCAGUGACUGAUUAUCUAGGAACUGUACUUGAGGCUGGUUGCAAAUUUCUAGUAUUUGCUCAUCAUCAGUCCAUGCUUGAAGCAUUACACCAGUUUCUAAAAAAAAAGAAAGUGGGCUGCAUCCGGAUUGAUGGAAGUACCCCUGCCUCCUCUAGACAAGUAUUGGUUUCAGACUUUCAGGGGAACGAUGAGAUAAAAGCAGCAGUGCUGUCAAUACGAGCUGCUGGUGUUGGGAUAACUUUGACAGCAGCAAGCACUGUUAUCUUUGCGGAGUUGGCAUGGACUCCAGGUGACCUGAUACAGGCAGAAGAUCGUGCACAUAGGAUUGGUCAAGUCUCCUCAGUUAACAUACACUACCUUCUAGCAAAUGACACUGUUGACGACAUCAUCUGGGAUGUCGUUCAGAGCAAGCUGGAGAAUCUGGGACAGAUGCUUGAUGGACAAGAGAAUGCUCUGGAGGUUUCAUCUAGUCAUGUGAUGAACAGUCCACUAAAACCGAGAAACAGCCCCUCGAAGCAGCAAACUCUAGACCCGUUCUUGAAGCGCUGCAAGAGAUCAUUAUAUGAUGACACUGAAGAACGUCCGACGCCUAAAGUUCCCAGAAACUGAAAGUAAAAAAUUUUCAAGAUCCCAUCAGCAUUUUUUGUUGCUUGCAGAAACGCAUGAUUGUGUGGGUAAAAUGACCAUUUUGUAAUAUUUUUGGGCAACCAAAUAGCCGUUAGUACUUUUAGGCUUCCAUACAAUUUGGAUCCUCAGAGUUCAUGACCUUGCAAAAUAACUUUUUGUCAAA